CGUCGCGCGGCGCUGACGCCAAGGGCGCGCCGUAGCUGCGCGCGGCCUUUCCCCGCCCGCCGCCGCCGCCGCCGCCGGAGCCGCUCCCGCAUCCGCCGCUGGAUCCGCCGCCAUCGGGGCCGUACCGGGGCCGCGCAGAAAAUUAAAAAAUGGCGAAGUUUGUGGCACCCGUGAUCCAGGACAACCCCUCCGGCUGGGGCCCGUGUGCUGUGCCCGAGCAGUUCAAGGACAUGCCGUACCAGCCCUUCAGCAAAGGAGACCGCCUGGGCAAGGUGGCUGAUUGGACAGGAGCUACGUACCAGGAUAAAAGAUACACAAACAAGUACUCGUCACAGUUUGGCGGCGGAAGCCAAUAUGCCUAUUUCCACGAGGAGGAUGAGACCAGCUUCCAGCUGGUGGACACGGCCCGGACGCAGAAAACAGCGUACCAGAGGAACCGCAUGAGGUUUGCUCAGAGGAACCUUCGGAGAGACAAGGACCGUCGGAACAUGCUGCAGUUCAGCAUGCAGACACUGCCAAAAAGUGCCAAGCAGAAGGAGAGAGAUCGUUUGCGCCUACAGAAGAAGUUUCAGAAGCAGUUUGGAGUGAGGCAGAAGUGGGACCAGAAAUCACAGCAGAAACCUCGUGACUCCUCUGUUGAAGUUCGCAGCGAUUGGGAGGUGAAGGAGGAGAUGGAUUUCCCUCGGCUGAUGAAAAUGCGCUAUCUGGAGGUGUCAGAGCCACAGGACAUAGAGUGCUGUGGAGCCCUAGAGUACUACGACAAAGCCUUUGACCGCAUUACGACAAGGAACGAGAAGCUCCUGAGGAGCAUUAAGCGCAUCUUCCAUACCGUCACCACUACGGAUGACCCAGUUAUCCGAAAGCUGGCCAAGACACAAGGGAAUGUAUUUGCCACAGAUGCCAUCCUGGCCACACUGAUGAGCUGCACUCGUUCUGUCUAUUCCUGGGACAUCAUUGUCCAGAGAGUUGGAUCCAAGCUUUUCUUUGACAAGAGGGACAACUCAGAUUUCGACCUCCUGACAGUGAGUGAAACAGCCAAUGAGCCACCACAGGAAGAGGGCAACUCUUUUAAUUCUCCACGCAACCUGGCCAUGGAAGCUACCUACAUCAAUCAUAACUUCUCCCAGCAGUGUCUGAGGAUGGGAAAGGAGAAGUACAAGUUUCCCAACCCAAACCCCUUUGUGGAGGAUGACAUGGAUAAAAAUGAAGUAGCCUCUGUUGCAUACAGGUACCGAAGGUGGAAGCUGGGAGAUGAUAUAGAUCUCAUUGUCCGCUGUGAGCAUGAUGGAGUGAUGACAGGAGCUAAUGGAGAAGUGUCAUUCAUCAACAUCAAAACACUGAACGAGUGGGAUUCGAGGUAUUGCAAUGGGGUGGACUGGCGCCAGAAGCUGGACUCUCAGAGAGGGGCUGUCAUUGCCACGGAGCUGAAGAACAACAGCUACAAACUGGCCCGCUGGACAUGCUGUGCACUGCUGGCUGGAUCAGAGUAUCUUAAACUCGGGUACGUAUCCCGUUACCACGUGAAGGAUUCUGCCCGCCACGUGAUCCUGGGCACACAGCAGUUCAAGCCAAAUGAAUUUGCCAGCCAGAUUAAUCUGAGCAUAGAGAAUGCCUGGGGCAUCCUGCGAUGCGUCAUUGACAUCUGCAUGAAGCUGGAUGAGGGGAAGUACCUCAUCCUCAAGGACCCCAACAAGCAGGUGAUCCGCAUCUACAGUUUGCCUGAUGGCACCUUCAGCUCUGAUGAAGAUGAGGAGGAUGAGGAGGAAGAAGAGGAAGAGGAAGCGCAAUUGAGGGAACGUGAUGAAGCUUUUCUGAAGUGACUCUUGAAGCUGAGCAAUCACUGGCUGGUCUGGAUGUGAGUUUUGGAGGAUCAGUGGUGCCCAGUGGACAACUGCUGCCUUCCCUUCGCUGCCUGAAACCGUGUCUGGUGUGAGAUCUGUGUAUGCUCCACUGACAGAGGGAAGCCAUUUAUCCUAGAGCUCUUGCUUCUGUGAUAGGAAAGAUAUCUCCCAGGUUAUUUUUAGGCUGUAAGCUUAGCCUGGCUGCUCUGGAUUUUAUUAUGGAAAUGUUAGUUGGGUUGCUGCGUAAUUAGGAAUGUAAAUUGUGUAUGACGAGUGUGUGGUCAUGGCUGAUGAGCAGGUUUGUUGGGAAGCUGGACAGAGGCAAGGAGUCACUUGGAGGUGGGACAAAUCUUCCAAAGUGACAGCCUUGGUUUUUUGUGUUCCUUGUGGCAUUUCCUUGACAGCAAGGGUUUAA